AUGUGUCUCAUACGCCCUUUUCGAUACACCUGCUGCGACCGAACCUACGUCGAAGUCUCCAAACUUGAUAGCAGCUGUCCCGACGGAUGGCCGCUAGAAAAAUGUCCCGAAGAUCUAUGUCUUGUACAUGGUUCCAGAGUUAGAGAUCAACGGUGGUUGCUUCAGGGUACAUGUUGGAGAUGUCAAGCCAUGAGUGAAGGACUUGAAGGAGACGAUUACGAAGCUAGAAGACCACCUAUCGAUAACGCGUUUGUGGUUGAGGGUCUAGAGAACUGUAGUCCAGAAGGACGACGAAGAAGAACUGAGCAUGCUGGAAACUGUUGGUUUUGUGGUGCAAGCAGUGAUGGAGUUAGGGACUGUGAAUCAUGUGACGGAACGGGAUGUGCAAGCAAGGGCAAGAAUAAAGCUGUCGAAGAUGUACCUGAAUGCCCCGUUAAGAAGAAGCGUCGCACAACUGCUACUGUUGCUGGAGGAGGCAUUUCCAAGCCUAGAAGAGGCAAUAACUCAUAUCAGCAAGGACAAUUUCGUCCCGACAUUCCAGAAUCCUCAUACAACAACUAUUCUUGGCAAUCCGCUGAACAGAAUGGAGACCCUAGCUUACCUAGUUACGGCAUGGAUGUUGAUGACGACCCCUAUGCAGGACAAUCCCACGGCAUGCCUGUAUUCACAGUUCGGGCACCCCUUCACCAAUACGGUACCAUGGCAGAUUACGAAGUGAAUCCGCAACAAGUAGAGCGCUACACAAUGGGAUAUCAAGAUCAUCCCCAGUCCUCUAUUGAAUUUGAUCACGAGGGAUCACAUGGUGAAUUCAAUACUGACGACGGCGGUGAAGGAGUAAGGUCCGAUAAUUUAGACACCUCUGAGAAUCAGUUUGCCUUUUCAACUGGCUUGCAUCACAGUCAUGAUGCUACCUUUUUGACUCAUAAUGACUGGCCCGAAUAUGCGGAUAGUUUGACACAUUCUCCUUCAAAGGAGACAAACAAUGAGUUCGCACCAACUCAUGAUACGGAUAUGCAAUCCGCAGGCCCGGACGCACAGGUCGCGCAAAUGACGGUCGACCGGUUCACUCCCCAACCACGUUAUUUGCCUAGUCCCACGCUCUCAGAAGCUCAUAUUGCUCAGCAUGCUCCUCCUAACAAUUUCACGGCAACCUCAACCUCAACUCCUGCUUUCGACUUCCACUGUAGCAGGCAAUACAUCUGCUAG